CAAAUCGAUUCACCACCAUCCUCACCGUCCUCUGGACUUGUCAUUAUCAUCUUACGGCACAUUCCGAGGUCACAACUUGUCUCGCAUUCCGUCACCUUCUCAUAGUCCUCGACUCGCCUCUAGCACAUCAUGUCUGGAGAGGUUCCCGCUGUCAACGAUGACGUCUACCAGGGCGCCAUCGGUAUCGACCUUGGCACGACGUACUCCUGCGUCGGCUGGUGGGUCAACGAGCGUGUUGAGAUCAUCGCAAACGACCAGGGUAAUCGCACAACACCUUCUUACGUCGCCUUCACCGACAGCGAGCGAUUGAUCGGUGAUGCUGCCAAGAACCAAGCUGCCAUGAACCCUAGACACACUGUCUUCGAUGCCAAGCGUCUCAUUGGACGUCGUUUCGAUGACCCCGAUGUCAAGAAGGACAUGGUUCACUGGCCUUUCACAGUCGUCGACAAGGACGGCUCUCCCUUCAUCGAGGUCGAGUACCAAAACGAGAAGAAGCAAUUCUCUCCUCAGGAAAUUUCUUCCAUGGUCCUCUCCAAGAUGAGAGAGAUUGCGGAGGCCAAGAUCGGCAAGGAGGUCAAGAAGGCUGUCGUCACCGUGCCCGCCUACUUCAACGACUCCCAACGUCUGGCCACCAAGGAUGCCGGCACCAUCGCUGGUCUCGAAGUUCUGCGUAUCAUCAACGAGCCCACCGCCGCAGCCAUUGCCUACGGUCUCGACUCCAAGUCAUCCACUGAGAAGAACGUUCUCAUUUUCGACCUUGGAGGUGGCACAUUUGAUGUCUCUCUGCUGAACAUCACUGGUGGUGUGUUUGCUGUCAAGGCGACCGCCGGUGACACUCAUCUGGGUGGACAGGACUUUGACAACUCUUUGCUUGACCACUUCAAGAAGGAGUUCCAGCGCAAGCACAAGGAGGACAUUUCUGGUGACGCUCGUGCUACCCGUCGUCUCAGGAGUGCAUGUGAGCGUGCGAAGCGAACGCUCUCCUCUGUCACUCAGACCACUGUCGAGGUGGACUCUCUUUUCAACGGUAUCGACUUCCAAGCGAACAUUACCCGUGCCCGUUUCGAGGAGAUCAAUGCAGCUGCUUUCAAGGGCACAAUUGACCCCGUCGCAAAGGUGCUGAAGGACGCCAAGAUGCCUGCUGACAAGGUUGAUGACAUUGUGCUGGUCGGUGGUUCUACCCGUAUCCCCAAGAUCCAGUCCCUCGUUUCCGAGUUCUUCAACGGCCGCCAGCUCAACAAGUCGAUCAACCCCGAUGAAGCUGUUGCGUACGGUGCCGCUGUCCAAGCCGCCGUCCUCACCAACCAGACCAGCGAUAAGACGGCCGACCUGCUUCUGCUCGACGUUGCGCCGCUCUCUCUCGGUGUCGCUAUGCAAGGAGACGUUUUCGGUGUCGUUGUGCCCCGCAACACUCCCAUCCCCUGCAACAAGACCCGUACUUUCUGCACUGUUGAGGACAACCAAACCACGGUCACCUUCCCCGUCUACGAGGGUGAACGAACUCAGUGCAAGGAGAACCGUCUCCUCGGAGAGUUCGAGCUCACUGGUGUCCCACCUAUGCCCAAGGGUCAGGCAGAAUUGCUCUGCACUUUCGAGGUCGAUGCAAACGGUCUGUUGAAGGUCACUGCCGAGGAGAGGACUGCCGGCCGCAAGGCCAACAUCACCAUCACCAACUCCGUUGGUCGUCUCAGCUCCAACGAGAUUGAGCAAAUGAUCAAGGACAGCGAGUCCUUCAAGGCUUCCGACAAGGAGUUCGCCGCCCGUCACGACGCCAAGAACGAGCUGGAGGCCUACGUGCACAGCGUCGAGGGAACCAUCUCCAGCCCCGCCGCCACCUUCAAGCGUGCGCAAAAGGCUUCUGUGGAGCAGGAGCUCGCCAAGGCUCUCGAGCUCCUCGAGUUGGAGGAUGCCAGCGCAGACGACUACCGCCGCUCUUCUUUGAGACUGCGCCGAAGCGUUCAGAAGGCUAUGCAGACUGGUGGUCGUUAAGAGGCCCUGACGCCGCUCCAGCUUUCGCGCUUCGUUACCUGAGAAUGCUCUCCACUGUGCACCAUCGCAACGACCUUCACCUUACAUCGUGACUUGUGCACAGCACGUCUUUGCUCUCACUUUAGCAUGAGUGCGCUUACGCCUUUGCACAUACCACACAAAAUUGAAUGCGAGCUUGCUCGCUUUUGGACUCAGAGAAGGGUGCGGGUGUGAGCUUACGCGCUGAACAGAAAACAUGACU